UGUAGGUGGCAAGGUGUGGGCAGUGUCUCAGAAUUCCCCAGGCUGGUAGCUGAGCCACCAACCGCCGCCAUGAGUUCAGACGAGAACCCUGAUUGGUUGGGAGAGCUGCUGGCGGAGAUCCAGCUGGAGCAGUUUCUUCCGAAGAUCCGGGACGAGCUGCACGUGACCAGACUGUCCCACUUCGACUACGUGAAGGGGGAGGAUCUGGAGAAGAUCGGGAUGGGGAAGCCCGGGCAGCGAAGGCUCAUGGAGGCCAUCAAGAGGAAAAAAGCUGCCCAGAGAAAGUCCUGGUUAGGAAAGGUGCUGCUAAGAAAAGAGCCGGAGUGCCCCAGUAAACCGUCCUUCACAGCGAAGCGCCCCUCCCCCACCUCCACCACAGCGUCCAUGUCCUUCAACACCUCCCAGCUCACCUGCCUCAUCAGUGAGAAGGAGCUGUGUCUGUACGAGAAGCUGGGAGACGGGUCCUUCGGAGUGGUCAGGAAGGGCGACUGGACAACACCGGGAGGAUGCACGAUCCCAGUAGCAGUGAAAUGUUUGAAGAACGAGGUGCUAGUACAGCCAGACGCCUUCAUGGACUUUGUGAAGGAAGUCAACGCCAUGCACCAGUUGGACCAUCCCAACCUCAUCCGCCUCUACGGGGUGGUGCUGUCCUCCCCCCUCAUGAUGGUGACAGAACUCGCACCCAAAGGAGCGUUACUGGACAAGCUGCGAAAGGCCGGGCACCGCUUCCCCAUCGCCACGCUGUGUGAGUACGCCAUCCAGAUCGCCAACGGGAUGGCGUACCUCGAGUCUCACAGAUACAUCCACAGGGACCUCGCUGCAAGGAACAUACUACUGGCGUCUAACGAAGUGGUAAAAAUUGGUGACUUUGGUUUGAUGCGAGCCCUGCCACAAACAGAGGACUAUUAUGUCAUGACUGAGCAGAAGAAAGUGCCUUUUGCAUGGUGUGCGCCGGAGAGUCUGAAGAGUCGACAUUUUUCUCACGCCAGUGACACGUGGAUGUUCGGAGUCACACUUUGGGAGAUGUUCACGUAUGGAAAUGAGCCGUGGCUCGGUUACAAUGGUACCCAGCCUGACUUUGACCUUGAAUCCCCAUGUGGUGAAGGUUGCGUACAUCCUGCUACCAUGAUAUUACAGAAGAUAGACCAGGAGGGAGAGCGGUUACCGAAGCCCAGCGACUGUCCCCAGGACAUCUACCAGCUCAUGAUGCAGUGUUGGGCACACAAGCCCUGCGACAGGCCCACCUUCGAGGCUCUCAAGGACUUCCUAACAGAGGCCAGGCCCCCAGAGUACCGUGCAGUCAGCAAGUCUAAAGACGCGGACGAUGGAAAACUUCCCAUGGACACUGGUGACAUCAUAACCAUUAUCGAGGGCAGGGCAGAGAACUACUGGUGGAGAGGCCAGAACAGAGGGACGCUGCAGAUCGGACAGUUUCCACGCAACCUGGUGGUGCCGAAGAGCGGGCGCGUGAUCGCCGACAUCAGCAAACCGCUGAAGGACAGCUUCAUCCACACGGGACACGGCGCGGGCGAUACUAAGGCGGAACAGUGGGGGCACCCUGAUCACAUUGACGAAGUGUACCUGAGAAACCCCAUGGACCCUCCUGAUCUGCUUGGCAUAGAAGAACCCAACAGCCCACAGAAGAGACUGCCUUUGGCAAGCAGAAGACCUGUCUAUGACGAGCCCCCAGAGAAUGAGAGCGGGGAGUACGCUCGUCUGAAGAGACAGCCUUCCAACGCUUCUUCUGCAGGCAGCAAGAAGCAGCAACAACAGCAACAGCAGCAUCAGGAGAAAUCCCUGGGCAAGAGCAAGUUCUACAUCCAGAUACCUGCCAAGGACAAGGCCAACAAGUCCAAACCGAUGAUGCUGAUUGAUCUGUCUGAUGUCGACGGAAACGGAGAGAACGCAGGGACAAGGAGAACGACAUCCCCGCCCCGGACGCUGCUCGACAGCUAUCCCACCCCUCCCACCAGCCCGACCAAAACCCUCCCCAGACCCCUGAACCCCCAACCCGCUGGUAAAGACGGCAGUGACAUGUACUGGGACACAAAACCUCUCCCCCCUAUCCCUGUAACUUAUGACGAUGUCCCAGAUGAGGAAGCCCUCGCGUCAUUGGCCGGUCGGGACGCAGCAAAGGAAGCUGGAGUGGUCAGCAGCCAAUCAGAAAGGCUGUUGAGCAGAGGAAGGAGUGCAAAGGAAGGAAGCGUGAUGGAAGAAAGAGCAAUGGCGGCGUUUCUGUGGUUGAACAAUGAGAUGAUCGAUGCGAUGCGACGGUCCCAGACCCUGCCGCAGAAUGUGAGACGGAAAUCGAAAAGCGCCGACGUGUCGCCAGACCAAAGUCCUCGGAGUCGAUACCUCGCUACAACGCAGCUGGGACAGCACGAUCACCAUGACGAUGACUUUGAAAGUUCGGACAAAAAGCCUCUGUUGCCGCCAAGAGCGCGGGACAGCAGCCGGUUCAUCACCCUGCCAACGAAGAUGAAAGCAAAUGGGAAGAGAGACACGCAGACACAGAAGUCUAAUGACUCUAGUAAGUCGAACGAUUCCGGAUUCGAGGGUUCGCCCAGAAAUUCCUCGGAAGCUGCUACGGACGUGUUAGUGGAUGUGAGUGGAGAGAGUAAACCUGAGAUCCCUCCGCGGAUUCCGCUCAGAAUUCCCAGCCAGCCCAUCGGUGCCACGUUACGGAGCCCUCGACUUUCGGACUCUUGUGUGCCCUUUGACCUGUCUCCUGAUGUAGAAGGAGACAUGUCAUCGUUGUCGAGUAGUGCCCCUAGCCCGGUUACCCCACCAGUGUUUGACGAAGGUGUUCCUCCGAUCCCUCCCCGGCUACCGAUCCAGCCUCUCUCUCUCAACGCCUCGUGGCCGAGAAGUUUUGUCACUCAGGACGACACGAGUCUUACGUCCACAGCUGCUCACCGAUCCAGCUGGGACAAACCCUUCAUCUACCCCAUCACGAAAAACGGACAGAAACUCAGCAACACUCAUUACUUCCUCCUCCCAAAGAAACCCGAAGACUUUGACCCAAACAACAGUAUGAACUUCUCUGUCAACGCAAAGAACCCCCCCAAGAUACCUCCGCCGCCCAACAUGGCCCACGUUCGGCCUCUCCCUCGGGAGGAGGUGAAGCUGCAGGCCCAAACGCACCGUCCGGGCGAUCUCGGCGUGGAGAAUGUUGCAUAUAGAACUAGCUCCACCUCCCUGGGGGUUCCCUUGCUGCCGCCUCCCCCAAAGGUGGACUCCUUGCGGCCGGGCACGCUCCCCGCGAGACGGUCGGUCUCACAGCCCAACGACGAAAGCGUGCAGAAGUCAACUGGUGUAGAGACGGAGCGACGGCGCUCGCGGACUCCCGAUUCCUUCUCCGCUAUGAAGGAGACGAGUGGCUCUCAGGAAAAGGUCUACCAGGUUCAGAUGAGUGUGCAUGGGGUGACCACGGAUGAAUGUGAGCACGCUCUGCAGAACAACAACUGGGAGGUCAAGAAGGCUAUUGACUACCUCAAGGUUGAGCAGCUGUUUCGAAUCGGUGUCCAGUCCAAAGACCGCUGUCAGAAAAUGCUGGAGGCCUUCAACUGGAACCUGGAGAAGGCCAGUGCUGCUGUGCUGGAGGAUUGGAACACCAGAUGACCUCUGAACUCUGACACGUAGGGGCAAAGGUCAACCUGCUGACGUACUGGAGUUUGGCUGCUGACGUACUCGAGUUGAGCAAGAAGGAUCACAAGUGUUUACUGGAUCACAAAAUUCCUGUGGUUGUAAUUGGUCGAGCAAGCAAACAGAAAUCUGUUUUUAAUAUGAAAAGAUGCUACGAAAGAUGUCACGAUUGUUAAAGGGAUUUCAUAUCUCUUAAGGUUUACAUGUACAUGUAGUUUUUAUUUAACCCCUCCACUGCAGUGGGCUUAUCUCUGUACCUGGAUUUGCAAAGGUUACAGCGGAAGCCUGCAGUUACAGGGUUAAUGUUUCCUUUUACUCCAGGGUGGAGCUAACUUUUCAGCCAUUUUACUCCGAAGAAGUAAACUUCACUUUGUAAAAGGGAUCAAAGUUGACUCUCCGUUCAACUUGAGAAAUGAAGUUUUACUUGUGUUUUCACACACCUGAAAGCUUGCGAGUUGCAUACAUGGAGAAAAUUGUAUAUUUUCCCGAAUCAGAAUAAAAGGCACAUCGAUUCCGUGCCUUUCCAAAAUGUCGAAAGUUGAGAGAAUGAUUUAGAUAAAAUUGCUGUGAUGAAGUCUGCAUGAGAGAAAGAAUAUUGAGGAUGUAAAUUUAAAACCAAUGAAAAUAAUUUUGUUGUCGUUAUUGUGACAACAGUUACAUGUCUGAGAUUAUGAUGGUUUUUGUGUAUCUUGUAACAAUACAUAGUAACGUUAAUAGGUGCAUAAUGUAUAAUAUCUUAAUUGAAAGAGGCCAGACUGUAUUUUAAGCAAGUUGUGUGUAGCUAGAAAAAAGUGUUGCACCUUUUUCAAGAUAUGUAUGUAAAAAUAUAAAGGGUCUAAAAUGUGGUGGAGAGGUGGACACAGUAUAUUUCUGUUUUUAACCGUACAUGUAUGACUGUAUGUAUAGUAUUGGUACUAUGCACACCAGGGUGGUUACGAUAGAUGUACAUGGAUCAAAUUUGACUUGCUGCAAUUUGUUGUUAGGUAAGGGACUAAACUUUAGUUUUGAUGCAAAGUGAAAUCUGACUUAGACCACACUGAUUCAAUUCUUUGGUUUUUAGACUAGAGAGCAAAUGAAAAUUGAAGAACAUAGAAAAACUUGAGUCUACUUGUAUAUGUACAAGUAUGAAACUGUGUUUCCAAAACCAAUUCAUUAAAAUCGGUGUGGUCAUUUGAAACCAAGGUUUUAGUCCAUUUUGUGUUGUUCACCAACAGAGUUUGGUUUUACUGUAGAUUUUAGGUACAGGAGAAAGAAAUGACUGUAAGAUAGAUAUGUAUGGCCACUUGUAAACUUGUAACAAUAUGUGAUAUUUGCCAUUAAUAAUUUGUGUCCAUUUUUGUACAGAGGCCUGUGGUAGUGUCUGCUCCGAAUUUCAACAUGGUAUCUUAUGUGUAAUAUGGGUAUAUAUUCAAAGGGGUCCUUGUUGCAUGGUAUUUGUGAAAAGAUGUAGGUAUGAUUUUAUUUGUUUUAGGUAAUUUUUUGAUUGUUGGAGGCUUGACUUAUGCUGUGCAUAUUAGGUAUACAACAAUGUUACUACUUGGACUAGUACAUUUGUAUGAUUUUAACAGGCUGUGGUGGGGUGAACAUCCUUAGUGCAAUUCACUAUGUAUGUUAUUUGGAGGCAAAGUGUUUUCUUCGUUCCUGUACGUUAGGGUAUGAUGGACACACAGUAUAGCUUAGGCCCUGACCAGCACAUUUCAGUGUUGUAUUGUUCAGUAUGAUAUUUUGCCUGUUCACGUCUCUGAAUCUUGUACCAAAUGUUUUGUUGGUCUUCUGUUUGUAAGUAUGUGUAGCCCAGAUAGUAGUACCCUGACGAUUUACAAACCAAGUGUAACCUAGAUAAGUGUCAAAAUUAUGACUAGUUAUGGUAUGCUCAUUAGUACUUGGUCCAUGCUUUUAAAACAAUUUUUUCCUAUCCUGUCACUUUUUGUUCCUAUGCUGCCAUUGUUGUAAGCAGUUUUUGACAUUAGGUUAAACUGGUUUUCCUUCUGUCAUUGUCUAAUUCCAACAUAGAAAUUGUGAAGUUUUCACUGUCCUACCCAUUUGACUACUGAAAUUUUAGCUUAGCUAAAUACAACUUGAAGGGGUACCUUGGUGAACCUGAUUAAUAUUGUAUGUAUUGUCUACUGAAGUCAGGAAGGAAAGAGUUCAUCAUUUACCUGUCUGUUCUACUGCAUUUAUUGACCUUCUUUCUAGUGUGCGUUCAUACUUGUAUUGGCAACACCCAGCAGCCCUGUUGUGUAUUUUUGCCUCCUACUGUACCACUAAGUCUUGUUUUGUGCUGUAUGUACAUGUACAUGUAUGAAUGAAGUGCAGCUAGGCCUUGCUAUCCUGGAAACACUGCCAUUAGGGGGGCUGGGGACUUGUUUGUGCUCCAUGCCUGGCACAUCUUUAGUUUGCAAUAAACGGUAUGUUGACCUCAUGGGUCAGAUAAAACAA